AUGGCGGCGAUGCCGGCGGCGGCGGCUUGCAGCUGGCGCAAAGAUAUUGGCCGCGAAGACAAGAUCUCGCUGGACAGUGGCUCUUCUUCUCACCGGCCAACGGCGACGACGACAGUGGCCGGCUUCGUUUCCGUCGCGCGACGACCAUACUCAAAAUCAAAUCAAUGGUUCGCUCAUGUAUCUCUUCUUUCGGCUUCCAGGUGGCUGGCAUGGCCUGCCGCGUCGCUAGUGGAUGAGCGUCAUGCGAGAGAACAGUGGCGCCCAAUUCUUCCCAAUCGAUGGUGGAGUCUCGUCCAAGUUUCCAACCGUAAACAGGUCUGA